CAGCGACGGAGCCAGCCGUGCACCACCAGAGAGAAGCCGGGCUCGGCGAGCCACGCAUACUCUUCCGUCGGGGAAUCAUUCCCGUAAUCGAGUCACGCAGAAAUCCACGUUCGUACACACAACGCUACUCAGCCCACGUAUCGCACACGCGGAGGAUUAUGCUUCUACCGUCGUCGCUUUCCGUGUGUAUCCUUUUACACAGACGUCGUGCUGGCUGUUGCUGUUGAUGCUACUGCUGCUGUUGACGAGGCAACAGAGAGAGAGAGAGAGAAGGAGGAGAGAGAGAAAGAAAAAGAAAACGAGCGGAGAGGAGCCUCUCCAACGACAUGCGAAGAGACGCGUCCGACGCGACGACGACGGACAACGAGCGAGGAUCGCAGACAGCCCUAGUGAGACACGUCGACGGCGACGAGCGACAGAAGUAUCCAUGGAAUUGAAAAUCCUCCUGUGGUUUCACAUCGUGGGAAUCUGUUCGGGUUUGCGGGGAGUGCACAUUCAGAUACCGACGGCCGUGAGGAAGGGCGACUCGGCGACGCUGAAAUGUUGGUAUGACACCGAGGGCGACCCAUUGUAUGCCGUCAAGUGGUACAAAGGGGGUCGAGAGUUUUAUCGCUAUGCUCCGAACGAGAGUCCGCCCGUCAAGACUUUCCCCAUCGGAAACCUGACGGUGAAGAAAACGGAGAGCAACGCGACACAGGUCGUGCUGACAAAGUUGGAAUUGGAGGCGGCAGGCGCGUACAGCUGCGAAGUAUCAGCCGAUGCACCUUCCUUCCACACGGCUAUAGUUUACGCGGCGAUGAACGUCGUCGAAUUGCCCUCUGAGAUGCCGUCGAUACAGGGACUAAAGAGGAAAUACCGCGUCGACGAUCCGCUACGUUUGAACUGUACAUCUGGCCGGAGCAAACCCGCCGCGAAUCUCACUUGGUAUAUCAACGAUCGACAGCCUCUCAAAGCGCACGUUCGCACGUACAGCCCGCUCGACACGAACGAAUCGGAGUGGCAGAUUUCGCAAAUUGGGCUCCAAUUCCUGGUUUCGCACGAUCACUUCGUGAGCGGCAAGCUGAAGAUACGUUGCAGUGCGUCGAUAUACGAUAUUUAUUGGCAGAGCACGGAAGUUAGCGCCGAGGAAGAUCGGCCGCGAGUGAUACAUUACGAGCCUGCCGCGACUAUCGUUGGUAUCAACUAUCUGCAGCCACCGCCAAAUUUUCAGACCGGCCAGAAGAAACCUGACGGGCAGGUUGGAGUAAAAGUGCUGGGGUCCUCCACGGUGAAUCUGCGGCCGUCAGCGAGGAUCGUUUUGGAAUUGUUUGCGCUUCUUCUAAUCGUCAUUCGUUAAAGGCAUAUAGUGCAUCGUUCGAGAAACGCGCUUUGGAACACUGCGUACGUUGACGUGUUUGUAAGAAGAGGAG